GAGGGCUUGCGUCCAGGGAUCGAUCGAGUAGGCAGUGGUUGCUUAAUACAAGGACCAGUUGACUACCCUUCCUUCUCUAUAGCGUCCGUUGUACGGCAAGCGCGCUUCUACGGACAGAUACAAAAGAUGGCAGACCUCCAGGCUAAAUUUGAUACAGCAACAGCUGAGGUGAAGCUGCUGACGGGGAAGCCAACAGAUGAUGAGAUGCUGCAGGUCUACUCCCUGUUCAAACAGGCCACUUUGGGUGAUGUCAACACAGGUCGUCCUGGGAUGUUUGAUUUCACUGGUAAAGCAAAAUGGGAUGCCUGGGAGAAGCAGAAAGGUAAGAGCAAAGACGAUGCCAUGAACGAGUACAUCAACCUAGUGGAGCAGUUGAAGCAAAAAUAUGGAAUCUAACAUCACGUUAACCCCAAACUGCCUGCUCCAAUGGCUGGAGAAACUACACUCAUUCCUCACCCUGAUGCUGUGAAGCGCCCAAGAUCUGUGUCCUAAAACAAGUCUAAAUACAGUUGAUGGUUCCAGUAAAAUAAGUCAAUCUGAAUAUCCGCUGACUCAUGAUCAAAAAGUCAGAAUAUCACCAUGUUUUAGUAAAUGUUCUCAAAUAUUAUCUGCACAGUGUAUCUUUUCAAAAUAAAAUCAGUUUUCUCUG